GAGUCGCAGAUGGCUGAAAAAUACGGUGAAAAACUACUCUGACUGUCAGCGUCUUGUACGCGAGGCGACUUCCAAUGACCCCUGGGGACCGAGCAGCUCAAGCAUGCUCGAGAUCGCUGUGGCUACUCAGUCGCCGAUACAUUAUGAGGAAAUAAUGAGUUUACUAUGGAGCCGAUUGCAGGACAAAACCAAGUACUGGCGUCAUAUCCUAAAGUCUCUGAUCGUCAUGGAAUACAUAAUGAAGGUCGGCAAUCAGGCUGUGAGUUUCGUUUAA